AUGAGUGCCAACGGCGUGAACGGCCAUCGCGAAGAUGUGCUGUAUCGCAAGCUCUCAGCUGACCGCAAGGAAAUCCGCAUCUUGUGCUUGGAAGAAGACCGAGAUCCCAAUACGCCUCACUAUGGGAACGACCCGGCCACGACCCCUCCCACGCCUUCGAAAUUGAAUUUCAGAUGGGAGUACAUCUCUCUGUCCGAUCGCAUCGUGCCCCACUACGACGCAAUUUCCUACAGCUGGGGCAACGACGAGGAGAAGGCUAAAGGCGCGACGAUUGACCUUAAUGGCGAGACGAUUACCAUUCCGAAGAAUGCACAGCAGGCUUUGAAUGCGCUCUGUUUGAGGCAUGGGCAUUAUCGGGUUUGGAUCGAUGCGGUGUGUAUCGAUCAAGAAGAUAAGACGGAGCGGAAUGUUCAGGUCUCCUUCAUGGGCGACAUCUUCUCGAAAGCCACGCGAGUGUGCGUCUGGCUCGGCGAGGACCAUUCGUCUGGAGAACCUGCCAUUGGAUCUAUUCGGACGUUGCUGCAAUCUUUGGACCCUCGAUUACCUGAAGCGCUCAAGUCACCUCACUCUCUCUCGAACCAGAGCCCUCCUCUUAGCACGGAUCCGGGAAAGCUCUCAUCAUAUCUCGGCUGGCCUUCUGUGUACUCUUUCUAUUCCAACCGGUGGUUCACGCGAGCAUGGGUGAUUCAGGAAGUAUGUCUUGCGAAGCAGGCUAUCUUCUACCAGGGCAAAUAUCCAUCGGCAGUGGACUUCAACGAGAUCGCCGUGCUGGCCACGUACCUUUACGAGCGACGAUAUACGUUACCGAAGAAUCCCAAGAAGAGCGCUUUGACAGGCUUUGAAAACGCGGCCACGAUGUAUACUCUCAAGAGGCAUAAGUCGCAAAAGCUGGCGAGUCUGCUGAGAGUCGUCUAUACCUUCCACUGCAGCGAGCCUCAUGAUAUGGUCUAUUCGGUUCUCGGCAUGCGACAUCGAUCGGCUCAGAAGGCUGAAUCUGUUCAUCGCGUGAUCCCUAUCUACGAGGAGCCUAUUGUCGAAGUCUACGCCAAAGCAACAAAAGCAGCCAUCACAGAGACUCGGUCUCUCGGAAUCCUCAAACACGCACACAGCCUUCGUCCCUUACACCGACGAAGUGGCGAGUUUGACGAUUUCCCGUCUUGGGCUCUACGAAUGGACCUUCGAGGCCACUACCACAUCAAUCCCAUCUCCUACCGCAACUUCCGCUUCAACGCCAACAACUACCUCCCCCUCGUCCUCUGGCCGAACGAAUCUUCCCGCGUGCUCCGAGUCCAAGGCGUGCUCGUCGACGUAAUCUGCGACGUCUCCGAAUGCAUGCGCUGGAAACAAUACGGCGCAGAGAACCUCGUCAACGGCGGCGGCAACGGCUUCAACGACACCCUCACCGCCGCCGCGGUCCUGCACGAAACCUACAACUGGACCAAAGAACAACUCCCCCUCUGGAAAGGCAAAGACCUCGCGGCGAAAUUCUCCAUGACCAUCGCAGCCGGCCAGGAUGCCUCAGGCCGCAACCUCGCCGAGGACAGAGCCAACGCCAACCGCCUCCACCACGGCUUCUGGACCACAGCGCACUACCCCGAAUGCCCCAACUCCGCCGGCGCGACCAACGGCGACGUCUCCGAGAGCGAAGACGACGCCGCCUCCGUCACCAGCGCCUCCACCAACUCCCGCUCCAUCGACGUCAAGGACUUCGACGCGGACCUCGAAGCGGACAACCCGGACGCCACGUACGCCCUCGCGGCGAUGAUGAAGGGCGGCCACCACCGCACCGUGUACGUCACCGAGCGAGGAGCUUUAGGUCUCGGAACAGAUAAUGUCGAGCCGGGGGAUUGUCUGGUGAUUUUGUUCGGCGGGAGCGUGCCAUUCGUGUUGCGGCCUGAGAAGCAUUAUUGGAGGUUUGUCGGGGAUACGUAUGUCGAGGAGGUUAUGCAUGGCGAAUUCAUCAAAUCCCUCAACGAAGUCAACCGCCUCGAAGGCGCGAAGCAAUGGUUCAAAAUCCGAUGA